CAAAAAUGAAUUUCAACAUCAAUUUCAACAUCGACGCGCAUUACAUCUCCAAACCUCCAAUCCUCAAGCACAGCACUUAUCUCGUGGUUUUUCCUAUUUAAUCAAUUCAGCGGUAUUUCAUAAGUUUCAUACGCGUUCAAUCAUCUCAUACAAUAUGUCGAUUCCACCAGAAGCCCUCCAGAAGGUUGUCCAAGAGAUUGAAGCCAGAAUGAUCUCAUCCCAGAUGGAACUGAGCAGCGUUCGGCAGCAAAUAGCACAAAAGGAACGCGAUAUCCGGUUAAAAGAACUUGCUCUGAAACAGCUUCGUGAGAUUCCACCCACCGUCGGCGUUUGGGAGGGAGUGGGCAAGAUGUUCCUGAACGUGCCAAUCACAGAACACAUUGCUGGACUAGAAACCGAGAAAUCGAGCGAUCAAGAGCAGUUGAAGGCGAUGGGCAAGAAGCUCAACUAUCUUGAACAGACUUAUAAGAACGCAAAGAAGAAUAUUGAUGAGAUACUAGGAAUGCAGAAGUAAUGGGCUAAUCUGAUAUGAAUGCAUUUUUGUCAGCGGCGAUAGAAGACAGUUAGUUCUUUAUUGGGGAAUAACAUCCCAUGUAAUAUAUGCCAUAGUUUUACAU